GGUGGUUAAAGCAGAAGAAGCAGUGCUUAGGGAGAUGCAGUGGUCAGAAGAAGCUCGGUCUAAUGCAGCAUCCUCUGGUUGAUCCUGCAACACCAGCUGCUUCUUGAGGCGAUAAACACUGAAAAAACACUUUGUUUUUUCACCCCAGUGUUGAUUCCUACAGGCURCUUCUAGACAUGGGUUUCCAAAGUUUGUCCACAUCCCUGUGUUAACGUUACUCCCUGUGUAGGGAGUGUCCACAGUGUGAAAUCUACUAUGAACAAUCUGGGCACAACCCUCACCCUGCUCUGUUUAUCACUGGAAGGAAACCUGGCCACACCUGGAAAGAAGGCCACAAAUUUUCCCAAGAAGAACMAUACCAGCCAUGAAAGCUCUGAAUCUCCUUUGGAUCAUUGAAAAGAUGUGCUUUCAGAUUCUUGGCACCAUUUUGAAGGCAAGGGCAGCUCAAGCAUCUCAUCCGACGUGAGUUCAAGUACGGAUCACACACCCACCAAAGCCCAGAAGAAUGCAGCUACCAGUGAAGAUUCCGACCUGAGCAUGCGGACGCUCAGCACRCCCAGUCCAGCGUUAAUAUUCCCACCGAGCUCGCCUGGCUUCCAAAAUGGCAGAGGCUCGUCGACGUCUUCAUCCUCGGUCACGGGGGAAACUGUGGCCAUGGUCCACUCGCCGCCUCCGACGCGCCUCACGCACCCUCUCAUCCGGCUGGCGUCCAAGCACCCCAAGGAGCAGGCGCACAUCGAGCGGCUKCCCGACCACUCCAUGAUCCACAUCUUCUCCUUCCUGCCCACCAACCAGCUGUGCCGCUGCGCCCGCGUGUGCCGCCGCUGGUACAACCUGGCCUGGGACCCGCGCCUCUGGAGGACUAUUCGCCUGACCGGCGAGACCAUCAACGUGGACAGGGCUCUCAAGGUGCUGACCCGGAGGCUUUGCCAGGACACUCCCAACGUGUGUCUCAUGUUGGAGACGGUAAUUGUWAGUGGCUGCAGGCGGCUCACGGACAGAGGACUCUACACCAUCGCCCAGUGCUGCCCGGAGCUCAGGAGGCUGGAGGUGUCCGGCUGCUACAACAUCUCCAACGAGGCAGUCUUUGAUGUCGUGUCACUGUGCCCCAACCUGGAACACCUGGAUGUGUCAGGCUGCUCCAAAGUGACGUGCAUCAGCCUGACCCGCGAAGCCUCCAUCAAGCUGUCUCCCUUGCACGGGAAGCAAAUCUCCAUCCGCUACUUGGACAUGACAGACUGCUUCGUCCUGGAGGACGAGGGGCUGCACACCAUCGCCGCCCACUGCACGCAGCUGACCCACCUGUACCUGCGSCGCUGCGUGCGCAUCACCGACGAGGGUCUGCGCUACCUGAUGAUUUACUGCCCGUCCGUCAAGGAGCUGAGCGUCAGCGACUGCCGCUUCGUCAGCGACUUCGGCAUGCGCGAGAUCGCCAAGCUGGAGGCGCGCCUGCGCUACCUGAGCAUCGCCCACUGCGGCCGCAUCACGGACGUGGGCAUCCGCUACAUCGCCAAGUACUGCGGCAAGCUGCGCUACCUCAACGCGCGCGGCUGCGAGGGCAUCACGGACCACGGCGUGGAGUACCUCGCCAAAAAUUGCACAAAACUCAAAUCGCUGGACAUCGGCAAGUGCCCCCUGGUCUCAGACACCGGCCUGGAGUUUCUGGCCCUCAACUGCUUCAACCUAAAGCGCCUGAGCCUGAAAUCSUGCGAGAGCAUCACCGGGCAGGGCCUGCAGAUCGUGGCUGCCAACUGUUUUGACCUGCAGCUGUUGAACGUGCAGGACUGCGAGGUCUCUGUGGAUGCUCUGCGRUUCGUCAAACGACAUUGCAAGCGCUGUAUUAUAGAGCACACCAACCCCGCUUUCUUCUGAAGGGRCACCCCACACCUGUCGUUGCAAUGCAGUAUUAAUUAAAAACACUGAUGUAUAAACACACRCUCCCAUAUUCAGUAAUGCUGGUUUUUCUGUCGCUCACGGGAGUCAGCUUUUCUUGUACAUUGUGGGUGAGGGGGGUUUCUGGAGGACUGUUUUGUUUGCUUUUUGUUUGAUCACUUUUUAAGGUGCCGUGGCUCUCUGUGGAGAGGCUGCCUUAAUGUGGAAGCAAUGAGUGCUCAGCAUCCCYGGCRGGGUGUCAUUUCCAUAAKAGCCAUGGUCUUGUCCCUGGCUAAAGUAGCUGMCUCCAAAGGAAAUAGCACAUAAUCCCUCCUUUGGAAAUGCUACUAAGCUAUGUCCAAUACGUCUGAAUUCUAGCUGUGCUCAUGACACUGACUAUGCAAUACUGUGUCUGUGUUCCCCACCGUUUUCCAGUAUGACUGGUAAAGUAUCCUCUUGUCUCCAAAUGAUUUCUUUUUGGUAGUCAUCCAUUGUAAUCCCUCAGGAAAUUCUGGGUAAUGUUCUAAACAUGCUCGUUUGAGGCCAAGUAAGACCUGCGAGCCCCUGCUGAGUGAAUCUGGACAUGCCAAUGCCUGGAUUUUCUUGGGAAGCCCAYCUCCAGGUCACUCGUGCAUCAUCACUACUUGCCUUCAUUUCUAAAUUUGUCCUCUCCUKCMWGUGCAGUACCACCCUCUGGUAGCARAUAGGGAYUUCUGGCUCUGAUAAGCAGUGACACAUUCACCUGAGUGAAGGAGAGCAAAUGAGUUAUUGGUGGCCUGGCAAAAUGAAAAGCCAUCAAACUGUCCUGAGAGGCUGCUGCAACUCUGCAACAACCUGGGAUAGUACUGCAGGACAGCAGGGAGGCUCUGAGGAAUGCUGGAGCAGCUUGCACAGGGCAGUCCCAGUUGCUGUGCUGCACACCUGUCACCAGAAAGUCUGGCUUUGUCCCUUUGCUGUCUCUUUUCAGCAGCCAUGGCACCAGUGCAGCAGAUGCUCCCUGAGCAAACCAGGCACAGUUGUCCAGGUAAAGUCAGGAUGUGCCUUAGUACACUUAGAAACCCAACACUUUUCURUGGCCUUCCAGUUCAAAGGAUCUCAAGGCUGAUCUUAAGGCUUCAAAGAUGUUAACCUGGUGUUAGAUAACACCCCUGGGGACAAAGGGGCUUGGAGUUAUUCACAUCACAUUUAGAUUUUGUGAGAUUUUGGUUGUGUACAUUCCCUAUGCUGGAGAUACAAAGAAUUAAAUACCAGCAUUGCCCUGUCACAUGGGGAGCUCCUGGUACUCUCAUGGUCACUCUCGCUCUUGCAUGAGCAGGAGUCUUUUGGAGGUCCCCUGUCUCACUGGCUCCUUCCCCAGAGUGUGUGGUCGACUCAUGGUUACUUUCUUCACAAAUUUCUGGCAGCUGCUCCUCGGUGUUUUCAUGUGCAAUGCUCAGAUCUGGAAGCCAGACACGUGAGGGGUGAUGAUAUUUUCAAGCAGGCCCCCUGUGCCUGGCUGACAGGUGAAUUCAUACGUUCAGCUCAAACGUAAGGGMAGCACUGUGUCUGGUUUUCAUAAGCAGGAGUUCCAUCAUCCCCAGACAACACUAAUAAAAUCAGGGGUAUGAAGUGAAAAUCAAUAUGCUCAAGAAAAACACGUAACUACUGAGGAAAUACUUAUAACAAUGCUCUCUCUCAAAAAAAAAAAAAAAAAGGCAGUGCAGAGGGAACUUGACC